AUGGCGACGAAAAAAGUAGAUCCAUGGAAAUCUUUUAUUGCAGGAGGUACAGCAGGUGCAAUUGAGGGGGUUAUAACAUACCCCUUUGAGUUUGCCAAGACCCGGUUACAAUUAGUUGAUAAAUCCCAAGCGCGCAACACCUCGCGUAAUCCGUUGAAACUUAUUUAUAACGUUGCAAGGACUAAUGGUGUAUCAGCAGUAUACGUUGGUUGUCCUGCAUUUGUAGUUGGAAACACGGUUAAGGCCUCAGUACGGUUUCUUGGGUUUGACGCAAUCAAGAAUCUUCUUCAGGAUAAGAAUGGGAAGUUGAGUGGCCCGCGUGGAGUCUUGGCAGGAUUGGGAGCAGGAUUAUUGGAGAGUAUAGUUGCAGUGACACCCUUUGAAGCCAUUAAAACGGGAUUGAUUGAUGAUAAGCAACGAGUUAAUCCAAAGUAUCAAAAUGGGCUCGUUAGUGGAACUGUGAAAUUGUGCAAAGAUAUGGGUUUGAAAGGUAUUUAUGCGGGAGUUGUUCCUGUGAGUUUGAGACAAGCGGCUAACCAAGCAGUUAGAUUGGGGUCGUAUAAUGCCAUCAAGACUACGAUUCAACAAGCAACUGGAUCGAAACCAAACCAGCCGUUAAGUUCGGGUGCUACGUUUUUAGUAGGGGCGUUUGCUGGAUUGGUUACUGUUUAUACUACAAUGCCCAUAGAUACUGUGAAAACAAGAAUGCAAGCAUUAGGAUCAGAUAAGCAAUAUUCUUCAACUGUGAAUUGUUUUGUCAAGAUAUUCAAACAUGAAGGAAUCGCAACUUUUUGGAAGGGUGCUACUCCUAGAUUAGGAAGAUUAAUUCUAAGUGGAGGUAUUGUCUUUACUAUAUAUGAGAAGAUGUUGGUGGUGCUAAACUAA